CAGGAGAUCAUCUUCCCGAGUAAAAGCCGAGUACUGAACGAGCGUGGGCACAGACAGCAUCAUGCGCUUGGUAGCCAUAACAAUUUUAGUAGCAGCAGCCUGCCUCAGUUUGGCUAGGUCUCAGAAAUCUGAAACCUCAGCUAAGGCUUUCGAAAUUCCACCGCCUCCAGUAAAACUCGACAAAAACUUGCGGCAAGCGUUGCUGAAAGCGCUGACGGAACUAGAAGCUGAAUCUGCGGAACAGCGAAAGGAUGAAGACGAAAAAACGCUCACGAAUAUUGAAAAGUCUUUUGAUGAAGUGAUGAAGAAGAAUCUAAAUAAGAACAUCGGCGUGAUACCGAAAGGUUCCUUUUCAUUCGAUAAUUUUCCAGGGGAUGAGGAAAUCCCCAAUGAGGAAAAACUUCAAAAUUCGAACUUUCUUGAGUCAAAGAGGUACGUUUCCUCGUCGGGGAUGAUAGAAAAGGCGAGUCGCGACGAUGCCAGAAGCUAUCACGUGCAGAACGUGGGUGUGUCAGAUAAAAAUACAACGCCUCGAACUGAAUCUAUAGCGGAUUUGCUGGAAAUAAAGAAAACUUCCGUGAGCUCGCCUACGGUUAGCAAGAUUGAGAGUAUCACGCUGAAACCGAUUACGCAACUAUCAGAGAGCUUGGCGCAAAGCGCCAGCAGCGGAAUUACCAACGCCAAUGCGCUAAUCGCACCAAAACCGACCGCAUCUAGUCCAAUAGUUUCGCCUAGCAAUGUUACUUCAUCUUUUAACGUUAAUAAGGAAAAGCCUAAGGCGGAGGAAGUGAAAAUUUUCCAGGCGCCUCUGGUGGCGGCCUUUACAGUGCAACAAGAUGAACUUGGUGUACCGAAGAGCAUUGUGCCAAUUUACAGACAAACAGGCGAUGGACAAGCUUUGACUCUUCAGGAGCAGUUGGAGUUCAAGCAGAAAUUACUGGAGCAACAGCUGGUGGAGUUGCAACAACAACAGAUCCAACAAACGCAGUUUCUCAUCAGACAACGUCAACUCUAUGAACAGCAGUUGAGACAGAAGCAGCAGCAGCAGCAACAACAGCAGCAGCAGCAACAGCAGCAGCAGCAACUAUAUCUUCAAGAACAGGCUAGAAUCAAACACUUGGAGGAACAGACUAAAAUCAAACAAUUGGAGGAUCAGCGUUUGAAGCAGCUGGAGGAGCAGAGGAUAUAUCGUUUGCAUCAGCACAAUCAUUUUCCAUUGUUGCAGAAACCGCACGUCUUCGAACAGUCGAAUGUAUUGUCGCUUCAGCCACCUCUGGAAUCUACCAUUCAUCUUCAACCGAGCUUAUCUCUAGAAGUUCCUAGCAUCGCGGCGCCUCCAUUAUUCCGCACGAACUAUCAGGAGCAGUUACAUUUUCAACAGUUCCGUCAGCAACCUCAACCACAAGUCCAACUUCAACAACCACAGCCCCAACUUCAGCAUCCACAGCGAUUGCCACAGAGUUUCAUUUCAUUUUCUACCACGGGUGACUUCCAGCCACCCGUAGCACCGGCCACCAGAUUUAACAGACAGGAGGCCUUUAAUACAGUCGGCAAUUUCGGUUUCAACCUGGAUAACAAGCAACCGCCUCCGUCGAGAAAUGCGGUCAAUUUCAACGUGAUACCAAGGAACCCUAAUACGUUCGUUUACAAUCCUUAUCUGCAAUUUAAGCAGACCCCAAGGGCGCAAACGUCCGCCAAGCAGAUCCAGCAUUUGCUUUAUCAGUCGGGAGUCGCUGGCGAAUUAGGAAAUGUACAGGGCCAAGGUAGCGAGGACCUCAACAUCGUGUCUAAGGUACUAGCGCUGAAUGUUGGCGCGUUUCCCAACAAGAACUAUCAAUAUACUACGAAUAAUCGCGGCAAAUUGGGCAGCGCGUGAAUAGACAGAUAAACGUAUCGAUGUAAAACUUCGACGAGUCGUGUAAAUCACUACAAGACGAUAUUAGCAAGGUGAAAUCGAGCUCUCUCUUUUUCUCUGUGUCCCUCUAUCUCUUCGAUCUUCCUCUCGUGUUUGUCUCUUACGAGUAUCCUCAUUCGCUUCUUUCUAUCUUGACCUAUUCUUAUAUAAAUAUCCUUUAAUUUCCUCGAAUCUUUGAUGGCAUUAAUAUACACAUACACUAGUGACAAAGUCGAUACAUACACAUAUACAUACAUAUAUAUACACAUAGUUAUUUAUAGCUCGCGAGAGGACGCAGGAUGACUUGGUAAGUUCAAUAGUACGUAUACGCGAGUCAUGACGAUAGUAACCUUGAAUACCAAUAUCCAAGUGAAAUCGAAUCGUUGCGAAUUGUUUUGCCCUCGGUGAGUUACCUCCGCGAAAUUUUACUCUCCGUCAUAUCUCGACGAUAGAGAAGCGUGAGACAAAUAUAAUAGAAUAGCGCUUCAGGGAGGGAAAAGAAUUGGCAUAACGAGGAAGUUAUUCUCUUAGCGAGAAUAUAAUUGUAUUAAUUACGAUUGUAUGUAUUUUACAACAAGGGCCUGCCAAUGUAACGGCGUAUAUCCGAUUACGCAAGUUCGCAUUUAAUUUGCGACGCAAACACUGUACAUAAUUGUGUGACUCCAGCUCCACUUCCUUGCCCCUUUUGAUUUUCUCUUCCAUUCUUGAUACGGCGCCCGCGACGUGAAUACUGCCAGUUUCGUUGAUAAUAGCGAGAGGCACUCUCAAAGGCAGAGAACGCGAAGAAGCACGUAAUCAUAAAACGUAACCGUAGCAAUAAGCAUAUUUAUGUUAACAGGAGGAGGAUUAAUCUAUGCGCUUGACACGACACGAAAGAAGGCGAAAAUCUCGCCGGACUCGCAUUAGUUACGUUUCACUUGGAUUUGACCAUGAUUGAGCUUAAGAAAGAAAAAUGUCUCGUAAUUUAUUCUCGGCUCGCAAAUUUCCCAAAGCCAUUUACAAUAUUUGUCAAGUUAAAUAGCUCUAUAAUGUUAUAUAUUAUCGCUUAUGCCAAAUUUCUACUAAUAUG